GAACAUCUAAAUAGUACAAAUAUAUAAUAAUUUGUAUAAUCACUCUAGAUUUGAAAAAACAAUUUUUAACUUUUAUUGUAAAGAAGUAACGAAUUAUGUUUGGUUGAAACUAUCUUCCUUGCACACUAACUUCCGUUGUGUUUUCCCACUUUUUCCUCUCCUACCUUUGAUUACGUCGGUUUCAAAAGUGAUAAACGCAAUCUUUAUCCUAGAGGAGGUAAAAUGAUUGACUUUCCUUGCAAUUUUAUAAUUUCUAAUCUAAAAAACAAGUUUUAAGAUGCAGGAUCUAUUCAAAAAGUUAUGCAUGUAGAAAAUCAAGCAGAUUUUGCGUAUUUGAAAGGUUCCUUCAACGCCAUAUUGGCUUCUAUCCAUCUUAUGAUUGGUUCGCACAGAUGAGCAUUGAAUUAAAGUUCGCAGGAAAUUAGAGAUAUGAAGAUAGAGUACGAGUGAAUAUGUUUUCAUGUAAAUGGAUGGGAUAUACACAGAAAUCUAUAAGAAUAUGGGAAUAAAAAGAGAACGCUGCAUAGAGACCUCUUUUGCCCUUCUUUAAUCAGGCAUGCAUGCUGAAACCACUCGUUGAUCGGUAUUACACUUGCAUAUUUAUUGUACGAAUGUGCACGAUUAAACAAAAACACAAGGAGUCUGUAGCAGCUUUCUCUUCCUAUUCCUAUAUCACUUUUUUAGUUCAUUCACACACUCUAUCUUUAUAUCUUCAUGGUCAUAGCCGAUCGGCGAGUAAACUAUCACCCACAUCUAAUUAAUAAGUAAUAAUUUGAAUUACGAUUUAAAAUCCCGCCGCAAAAUGGCUGUUAUCCACGUGCGUUUAUUUACAGCCAGCAACUCCAUUCGCUAGAAAAAUUGUGGCUAGAAGUCAAUAUGGCGUUCAAGUAACCUGUCAAAUACACUCAAAAUACUUGACUUCAUAUACUUACAACUCUCAAAUCAAUGGAUUCCGUACCUUGAAACUUGUUUUUGUAGAUCAAAACACGUAAAAAACUAUGUCAUAUUUAUCUUCUAUAAACAUAUUUCAAUCAUUGUAAAGCAUUUCCAUAUCAGCAUUGAUACCACGUUUCUCUUAAAUAAGGACAUUAAAAGAGUAUAUGUUCUGAAAAUAAGAGGAAAAGGUCCAUUACAGAUUUCCAGUAUACAAUUUAAUAAACCGGUUUAGUGAUCUGUAUAAACUAACCUUACAUAAUAGUAUUAAAGUAUAACUACUAGAUUAAGAAUCAAAGUCUUAUAAUGUUGUAUGUGGAAGGUUCUUAAUUUUUUUUUAAUCAAAAUUUAAUAAAUGACCACUGUAUAUAAUAAAAUGAAGUGAUUAGGUGUUUUUAAUUGAUCAAUAAGUUUAGUAAAAUUUUAUAACAUGAAUUUAUAGCAUUAAAUAAUGUAAAAUGUCAGUUGCUAUGCUUUUUCAAUACAGUUUGUUCUCAUGAACAUUCAAUGGUAUAAUGCAACAAAAGAAGUAGAAAUUUGAAAUACGGGCCAUAGAAAUGGCAACGUUGCACAGGGUGAUGUCGGUGAUGAUAUGAUGAACAGAACAUGAGCCUAUGUAAACUGCAAGGAUCGAGAAAGAGCGAGAUAGAUAGAUAGAGAGAGAGAGAGAGAGAGAGAGAGUUCUCGGAACUUUAACUUGUGUACGAUUCGUAGGCUGCGUCAUUUCAAUGUUAUGUACUGCGAAAAGUGAUACUCCGUCAUUCACGAAUCGUAACGGCAUUGCAAUUACUAUCGAGUUUAGAAUUCUUCUCCUUUCCUCUUUCUUGCCAAAUGCGGAUGGUAUGUUCCAUAAAUGUAUAACACAAUCGUACAUUCAACGCAGCAUAUAUAUUUAAAUAUGCGCACUCCAUAUGUUGCACAAUUUCAUUACAUGUUUGAAGAUAUUUUUAACAAUAAUUCAAAUAAAAUGGUUAGUACAAUCACACAUUGGAACUUGGAGAAUGAUUCAAAUUUAAAAACUUCAGGGAAUGCCCACUUAUCAUCUCUAGUUGAUGUAACACAUGAUAUAAGUCAUGAUGAAGUAGAUAAUAUUGAUUACCAUUUUGAAGCAGUAAGACUUCAGAGUUUUGAAAAUUGGCCCAUAACAUACAUUGAACCUGAAAAGCUUGCGGCUGCAGGAUUCUAUUAUACGGGUGAAAGUGACAGAGUAAAAUGUUUCGAAUGUCAAGUUGAGAUAUGUAAAUGGGUAGAAGGUGAUAUACCCAUGGUCGAUCAUCAGAGAUGGUCUGCAAGGUGUAGAUUUAUUCGUAAACUGAACUGUGGUAAUGUACCCAUUGGAGUAGAUCCCAGUACGGUGGUACGACCAAGACCAAGAAGUAGGGAUGUAUGUGGUCCUUAUGGUUUAGAAUAUCGACCUACAUCUGGUCCCGAUGACCAUAAUUUUUCAAUGGAAUUACAACUAGCAAACACAGCUAAACUUGGCUGUUUAGGUCUAGGAAGGACUAAGGAACCAGUACAUCCAGAAUAUGCUAGUUAUGAUGCUAGGUUACACACAUUUGUAACAUGGCCUAAAUCUAUGCCACAAACAAAAGAACAAUUAGCCGAUGCAGGCUUUUUUUAUACUGGGAAAGGUGACCAAACCUUGUGUUAUCACUGUGGAGGUGGUUUGAAAGAUUGGGAACCAGAAGAUGAUCCUUGGGAGCAACAUGCAAAAUUGUUUUCUAAAUGCUGUUAUAUAUUAAUCGUGCAAGGGCAAGAUUAUGUAAAUAAAAUAACAGGCCAGCAUAUAUCUCCACCUUCUAAAGAAGAAACAAUACAGAUGAAUCUGCCCAGUUUUAUUCAGAAAGUACAACCUACAAGUGUAGAAGUAAAAAGGAAGGAAGAGACAAAAAGUAAUCCAGGAUCAAGUUCUCAAAAUAGUGAUAUUUGGGGUAUUGUAAGCAAUACAGAACCCAUAAAAAGAAGUUUGGAAUCCAAGUCAGCAGAAAAUCCAUCAGAUAUAAAAAUACAAAAUACCAAACCUACCGAUGAUGCAAGAAUGUGCAAAAUCUGUUAUAACGGAGAAUUAGGAGUGGUAUUUUUACCAUGUGGACAUAUAGUUGCCUGUGUAAAAUGUGCUCCUGGCAUGAUGAUUUGUGCAGUAUGCAGAGGACCUGUUACAAUGACUGUACGAGCCUUCAUCCCAUAGUAUUCAAUUGAAUGUAUAGGGUGUAUAAAAAGUAAGUGUAAAAACCACCAUAGCAUGAUUCUCUCUGUAUCAGUGAAAAUUUGUAAAAAGAAGUUCGUACAAAAAUGACUAUGACCUUGAAUUUUAAGGUCAGACAUUUUUUUAUUACUUUAUAUUCUACUCAUCACAAAGAUAAAAAUCUUUAAUCCUUUGCGGACUACCGCCGCAUAUAUGCGUUUGGCGAAAACAACUGAUAGAGGCGAAAGACUCAUAUAUGCGUAUAUAUAAAAGAUUCAUGUGUGUAUCAUUUUAUUUAUCUUGUGGAAGUUCUAUGCAUGUACAUAUGGCUAGAAUUUGACAUCUUGGAGUGCUAUGAACGAAAAUUGCGUCUAAGCAGAAAUGCGCGCUAGCAAUUUUAAAUGACUAUCGCGACAGCAGCUCGGCCCUGUCCGCAAAGGGUUAAGGAACAAUGGAUCGCAACUCAAUCGUUCUCUUGGAAGAAAAUAUUAAAAUUCCAUUAAUUUUUUAAUUUACUUUAUUUAUAAUGUGCUUACAUUCUGCGAUCAGAUGCAGGUAAAAUAGCAUCUAUCGUUGCGCAUAAAUAAUCCAUAUCCACAAUUAUAUAUCCUAUAUUUGUUCUUCCUUCCUUCCUUUCUUUCUUUCUUCCUUCUUUCUUUCUUCUUUUUUUUCUAUUUAAACCGCCCCGAACUCAUAUUUCUACAUUUCGACCAAGUUUCUCCUCGAGAUUACGUAUUGACUUUGUAUGAUAAAAACCACAUUAAAUCGGAUUUUUUAAUUGUUCAGCGGAGGUAAUUUGUUUACUGGAACUAUAAACAUUUUCGUUUCCUACUGUUUCAACUAUUGCAUGUAGAUUUCUGUGAAUAUAGAUUCUGGCAUUUUGUUCAUUGAGGAUGAUAUUACGUGAGAAACAGCUUUCAUUUGUAAAUAACAUAUGUUUCAAAAGCGUAAAUCACGUUACGACUUAUGUAGCAUCUAACGGGAAAAAUUUCGUCAAGUGGCAUAAUUAUUUGGAAUUACUUGAAUGCAGUGAAUUUUGUAAGGUUGAAGCCCUUCUUAUUAUAUUCAUUGCAAUAUCAUAUGAUUAAUUCCUUUUCGACGAGCUAUUUUGUGUAAAUUUAUUAGUGGAUAAAUACGAGCAGAAGCUAUCCAUUUUAUGGUUCCAAGUUUUGGUGCAGCUAAACUUAAUAAUUUUUCAAGAAAUGAUCCUAUGAGAGUUCUAGUUGCACUAACUAUAACGACAUCAUUUAGUUUUAUUUUAGAACUAUUAGAUUGUCCGAAAAGUUUCUUUCG